AACAACAAAGGGCAGAGUCAGUUCUUUGUGGCAUGAUGUAAACUAUUUGGUUUAACUUGUCUGUGCAUAUAGAUAAAUUCAUCUUUUUUUCAUGGUGGAUGAUUGAAUGGCAGUCAUCUUUGGGGAAAUUUAGCAGACAUAUUCGGCAUUUUCCUGUACUCCGGUUAGAGUAUAUUUUCACCCUGUUGUUCACUAUACUAGCGCAUUUCCAAAACAGUUCAGAUCCUUUUUAUUUCCAGAAAAAGAGUGUUUCAUUUGUAGGUAUUGUUUUAUUAAACCUCAACGAUAUGGGCUCAGACGUGUUGCUACGUAUAACUCUCAGUUGCUGCAUUUUUGUAUUAGUUCUACCUGGUCAAAAUAAUGGCAAUCGACUGACAGCAAAUGGAACAAAUGUUUGUUCCAAGCGAGUAAGCUUCAGUGAAAACUACAAACAGUCAUAUCGAGUCCCACACAGAUACGAAAUAACCUAUAAAUGUGGAUUAUGGGACUUGAAAAUAUGCACUCGAAACAGAACUAUUUACUUAACCAAUUAUCGGACAAUUACGAGAAAAUCCUACAGAAAACAAUACCAAUGCUGUAAGGGAUGGAGACAAGUGGGAGAUCAGUGUACCAAAGCCAUUUGUACUCAGCCUUGUGUGAAUGGCACGUGUUCCAAACCAGACUACUGCUCGUGUUACUCGGGUUACUAUGGAAAACUGUGCGAAAUUGACUGUCCGUCACAUAAAUGGGGACCACACUGCAGACAUUACUGUCUCUGUCAAAAUAACGCUAAAUGCUCUCCCCACACUGGUAUCUGUAUGUGUACCCCAGGGUGGAAGGGACAGUACUGCAACAAGACAUGUGACCAAGGUUACUAUGGUGACAAAUGUCAACACCAGUGCAUGUGUCUUAAUGGAGCGACAUGUGAACCUGUUAGUGGAAACUGCUCAUGCGCAGCUGGAUAUCAAGGACAGCGAUGCGAGAGGCUAUGCAUGGAUGAUAUCAUGGGAUGCAAAUGUCAAGGAAACUGCGCAUGUCACAACAACGCCACUUGCUCCCCACAUGGCUUUUGUAACUGUAUCCCCGGCUAUACCGGCAUGCUAUGCGAGAAGCGAUGUUCCGCGGUUCUAAGCCGCUGUAUAAGACAGUGCAAUUGUAGUCAGUGGGGAUACUGCAAUCCUUAUUCUGGUUUGUGUUCAUGCCAGCCCGGAUACGUUGGUGAAGAUUGUAGUAAACUUUGCCCGGAUGGACAAUAUGGACCAGGAUGCACCGCGCCCUGCAAAUGUCAGAACAAUGCAACAUGUAGCAAGGUGGAUGGAUCAUGUGACUGUCUACCCGGGUGGACUGGUGUUGAAUGUAAUACUCCAUGUCCGGCUGGUAACUAUGGGAAAAACUGUCAAUCAAAGUGCUUAUGUCAGAAUGAUGCAUCAUGUGACCCCGUGACAGGACAAUGUAAGUGCGUGGGGGAGUGGCAGGGGAGAUUUUGUAAUGCUAGUACGACUUUUCAUCGAGGAAAACAAAGCAAAUAUAAAGAUGAAUUCCUUCUACCAGGCGUGCUUUGCGGUGUCGGUUUUAUCAUCAUCAUAACCAUUGUUGUUGUGGUACUGAUAAAAUGUCGAAAGCAAAAAAAAUCGGACAGAAUAAAAAUGACAAAAGAUCCUCCCGUGACCGAAAAGGACAAAAAAAAAGUCGAGUCUUCUAUCAAAAACGGCGGGAAAAGAAAGAGGAAGCGACAAGCAAAGAAAAAGGAAAACUCUAAUUUGGAUAUUAAUCUUGAAGCUCCAUUUUACGUUAAUUUCCAAGCUCAAAACUCAAAAGAAAGUCAUGUGGUCAGUGUCAGUACCGUAACUAUAGAAACUCAUUAUACUGACCUCCGUUAUGCUGAUAGCCUUGGCAACCAAGAUGUUUAUCAAUCUCUUGAUAGAAAUUUGAAGGACUCUCAGCUUAACGGCAUGGGUAUCUAUGGCAACCAAGAACAUUGUCAUGGUUACCCCAAGGGUUUCCAUGGCGACUACCAGUCUUUGAGAAUUGAGCAAGGGGAUAAUCACGUUUAUCAAGGUCUCUCGUUCAAAGAUCACUCGACUGGUGAAGUUGAAUCCCCGGCACUAUACGAUAAUGUAUCCCGUGUACUCGAGAUCUCUGAGCCUCAGUAUGAAAUCAGCCCAUUAGAGGAGGACGAGACAUAUAUUACGAUGAUUUCACUUAGCAAACUUGGCACCGAAUGGAGCGAAUGUCUGCUCGAAGACUGUAAGGUCAGUGUGAAUAUCAUCUUGGUUGGCGAAUGUCCUUCACAUAAAUGGGGACCACGCUGCAGACAUGACUGUCUCUGUCAAAAUAACGCUAAAUGCUCUCCCCACACUGGUGUCUGUAAGUGUACCCCAGGGUGGAAGGGACAGUACUGCAACAAGACAUGUGACCACGAAUGCACGUGUCUUAAUGGAGCUACAUGUGACCCUGUUAGUGGGAAAUGCACAUGCGCAGCUGGAUGUGUGCUCGACGAUGUGAAUGCUAGAAAGGAGCUUCUUAUGAACACAUGCGAGAAGCUAUGCAUGGAUGAUAUCAUGGGACGCAAAUGUCAAGGAAACUGCGCAUGUUACAACAACGCCACUUGCUCCCCACAUGGCUUUUGUAACUGUAUCCCCGGCUAUACCGGCAUGCUAUGCGAGAAGCGGUGUUCCGCGGUUCUAAACCGCUGUAUAAGACAGUGUAAUUGUAGUCAGUGGGGACACUGCAAUCCUUAUUCUGGUUUGUGUUCAUGUCAGCCCGGAUACGUUGGUGAAGACUGUGGUAAACAAUGUCCAAGAGGACUAUAUGGCCCAGGAUGUACCGCGAUCUGCAAAUGUCAGAACAAUGCAACAUGCAGCAAGGUGGAUGGAUCAUGUGACUGUCUACCCGGGUGGACUGGUGUUGAAUGUAAUACUCCAUGUCCGGCUGGUAACUAUGGGAAAAACUGUCAAUCAAAGUGCUUAUGUCAGAAUGAUGCAUCAUGUGACCCCGUGACAGGACAAUGUACGACUUUUCAUCGAGGAAAACAAAACAACUAUAUAUAUGAAUUCCUUCUACCAGGCGUGCUUUGCGGUGUCGGUUUUAUCAUCAUCAUAACCAUUGUCGUUGUGGUACUGAUAAAAUGUCGAAAGCAAAAAAAAUCGGGCAGAAUGAAAAUGACAAAAGAUCCUCCCGUGACGGAAAAGGACAAAACAAAAGUGGACAGGAAGCGACAAUCAAAGGGAAAAGUAAACUCUAAUUUGGAUAUUAAACUUCAAGCUCCAUUUUACGAUAAUUUCCAAGCUCAAAACUCAAAAGAAAGUCAUGUGGUCAGUGUCAGUACCGUAACCAUAGAAACGCAUCAUACUGACCUCCGUAAUGCUGGUAGACUUGGCAACCAAGAUUUUCAUCAAUCUCUUGAUAGAAAUUUGAAGGACUCUCAGCUUACCGGCAUCGGUAUCUAUGGCAACCAAGAACAUUGUCAUGGUAUCCCCAAGGGUUUCCAUGGUGACUACCAGUCUUUGAUAAUUGAGCAAAGGGAUAAUCACGUUUAUCAAGGUCUCUCGUCCAAAGGUCACUCGACUGGUGAAGUUGAAUCCCCGGCACCGUGCGAUAAUGUAUUUCGUGUACCCGAGAUCUCUGAGCCUCAGUAUGAAAUCAGCCCAUUAGAGGAGGACGAAACAUAUAUUACGAUGAUUACAAGGCUACAUGCAGUAAUUAUGAUACCUGGAUUUGUCAAGGUCUUUGCCUUUAGUUCCUUUGUGAUUGAAUUAUCUCUUCUGGCUCAAAGCUUAGCAAACUUGGCACCGAAUGGAGCAAAUGUCUGCUCGAAGACUGUAAGCUUUAGUCAAACCUACGCACAGUCACAUCAAGUCUCAUACAGACACAAGUCAAAUUAUAAAUGUGGAAUAUUCAAUUGGGGUAGAUGCACUCGAUACAGGACUGCUUACAGGGCUGCCUAUCGAACAGCUACGAGAACAUCCUACAGAAAACAAUACCAAUGCUGUAAGGGAUGGAGUCAAGUGAGAGAUCAGUGUACCAAAGCUAUUUGUACUCAGCCUUGUGUGAAUGGCAGGUGUUCCAAACCAGACUACUGCUCUUGUAACUCAGGUUACUAUGGAAAACUGUGCGAAAGAGACUGUCCUUCACAUAAAUGGGGACCACACUGCAGACAUUACUGUCUCUGUCAAAAUAACGCUAAAUGCUCUCCCCACACUGGUAUGUGUACGUGUACCCCAGGGUGGGAGGGACAGUACUGCAACAAGACAUGUGGACAUGGUUACUAUGGUGACAAAUGUCAACACGAAUGCAUGUGUCUUAAUGGAGCGACAUGUGACCCUGUUAAUGGUAACUGCACAUGCGCAGCUGGAUAUCAAGGACAGCACUGUGAAUCAGGAUGUUCUCGUGGUUGGUAUGGACAGGAUUGUGCAGUGAAGUGCGCAUGUCUGAACGGAGCUUCAUGUGAUCACGUGAACGGCACGUGUAAUUGUACAGCUGGAUGGACGGGAGACAUAUGUAACCAAAAGUGUCCCGAAGGUACAUAUGGAUACCGUUGUGCACAAACAUGCCUAAACUGUAUGCAUGGUGCAAUGUGCGAUCACGUGACUGGAGUAUGUGACUGCAGACUUGGUUACAGAGGAAAGAGAUGUGAAGAUCUUUGUGAAGAAGGAACAUAUGGUCACAACUGCCAUGACAAAUGCGCAUGUCAGAACAAUGCCACGUGUUCACCGAUAGAUGGUUUCUGUAACUGCACCUCUGGAUAUAAGGGCAAGUUUUGUGAAAAACAGUGUGCUGGCGGGGCCGGAGGUCUUGGAUGUAAAGUACAUUGCAAUUGCACAAAAUGGGGAACCUGUAAUCCAUUCACAGGGGAGUGCGCCUGCCAGCCUGGAUAUAUUGGUGAAAAUUGUGGUAAACAAUGCCCAGAUGGAAAAUAUGGACCAGGAUGCAACGCGUCCUGCAAAUGUCAGAACAAUGCAACAUGUAGCAAGAUGGAUGGAUCAUGUGACUGUCUACCGGGGUGGACUGGUGUUGAGUGUAACAAUCCAUGUCCGGCUGGUUACUUUGGGAAAAACUGUCAAUCAAAGUGCUUAUGUCAGAAUGGUGCAUCGUGUGACUCCGUGACAGGACGUUGUAUAUGCGUGGGGGAGUGGCAGGGGGAACUGUGUGACAUCAAAUGCGGUCGCUGGACUUUUGGUGUGGGAUGCAAAAAUCAAUGUAAUUGUAACAGGACGCUAACUGACAGAUGCCAUGCUUUAUCAGGGCUCUGUUUGUGUAAGGAAGGCUUUGCCGGUGACAUAUGCUUUACAAGAAUUGUUUGUGCAAUUGGUCGCUAUGGUAACCUCUGUCAAAAAAAAUGUAGCUGCAAUAAUAAUCUCUGUGAUGUAAUAACAGGCGUAUGUAUCUGCCCAAUUGGGUAUUCAAGACCGAAAUGCCUAGCUUGUCCACAAGGUACAUACGGCUAUGAAUGUCAAUCUACUUGUCAAUGUGCGAAUGGUGCUACGUGUGACCGCGUGACUGGAGUCUGCUCGUGUACAGCUGGUUGGUAUGGUGCUCUUUGUAAACAAGGGUGCCCAAAGGGAACGUUUGGCUUAAACUGCAACAGUAUGUGUACUUGUCAGCAUCAGUCGUCGUGUGAUCACGUGACCGGUGCUUGCCUGUGUUCACCAGGAUGGACGGGGAACCAAUGUGAAAAAGCAUGUAAGCAAGGUUUUUAUGGCGAAGACUGCGUAUCAGCCUGUCAGUGUUAUAGAGAAAACACAGUGUCUUGUGAUCACGUGAACGGCACAUGCUACUGUAAACCGGGAUGGACUGGACGCGAGUGCACCUUGUUUUGUCCACAGGGUACAUACGGCAAUAACUGUACAUCCAAGUGUAGCUGUAGAUCAACAAAUACUCUUGAAUGUAACCACAUGACAGGAGCGUGUACCUGCAAUGAUGGAUAUACUGGUGAACGGUGUGAAAAAGAAUGUCCUGUCGGUACAUUUGGGUUCAAUUGCAGAGAAAAAUGUCAAUGUAAAAAUGAAAUCAUGCUUAGUGUAUGUGAUCACGUGACGGGCACCUGUUACUGUAAACCAGGUCUUCAAGGUGCUUACUGCAACGAAACAUGCCCUGUUGGUACGUAUGGACAAGGCUGUUCACAGUCCUGUAAGUGCAUGAAUAAUGCCACUUGUGACGUAGUAGACGGCAAUUGCACGUGUUUACCAGGAUUUGGCGGCAAAUACUGCGAAGAACUUCUUCCUACUGACCCAACUGCCAAUAAAGAUCAAUUUGGUGAGCAGGACAGCUUUGUUCAUCCAGGUGUUAUUAUUGGUUUUAUUGUUGGUCUUAUCAUCAUUCUAUCCAUUAUCGUUGCCAUUGGUUACUGGGUUUAUAGAAAAAGACAACAUGAGCCCAUGCACAGACAACCUACUGAACCCAUUUAUGAAUUUCCUGAUGCUGCGAGCUCAAUUGAGCUACAAACUACAACCAAAAAGAAACGUGACAACAACAAUGCUAUGGAGAAUAAUUACAUGGGUAUUGAUAACCGCGGAGGGGUUGGAGAUGAGCAUGCAUACCAAUCUCUUCAUAAAAAGAGCAAUUACCAUGGAAACGAUUCCUCCAACAGUGAAUCUGUUAGCGCUAGUGUUUAUCAGUCACUGAAAGUAGACGGCAAUGACAACGAUAGAAAACUUGACCCAACUUAYCAGAGCCUCACAAAAACUGGUCAGCAGCAACAUCUUGAACCGAACGACGCGAAGAACAAAACGGUUGCCAUGGCGACUCACUAUAUGGGCCUUGGUGACCGCGCCAACGAUUUAUAUCAGCCUUUGAAUAGAAAAUAUGGUGGUACAGAUGAAAACAAACUAAAAGAUGAUCUUAAACCACAAAGCCGUGACAAGGGUUGUCAAGGUGACGACCACAGUAACCAUGACGACUACCAGCCGCUCAAGAAGAUUGGCAAGGACAACGAAUACCAAAGUUUGAAUUCUGAAAAACGAUUGCCCCUGGAAAACGGAGAAUUCUUUGAGAACGCGCCGCAACACAUCAAGCAGGCUGCCUCUCAUCAUGAUGAUGGCUUGAAUAAUAGUAUUGAUACGCACUAUGAACCUGUUAGGGAACAAACCAAUCAGGAUGAAGCAGUAGAUACGCCUUCCUAUGAGAUUUUACCACCCAGAACAAUCAUAAAAGCAAUUUUUGACAAAAACCAGUGAGGACGAAGCAGUUGAUACGCCUUCAUACGAGAUUUUACCACACUAGAAACCAUCAUAAAAUUCAUGACCAGAAUUUCCGAAUGGUCCUGCGCAGUAGGGUCACUAGACCUUUAAAGACAAGGUUAAGAAUAAAUACAGAAAAUAUAGGUACUCACAGGUUUUGUAGUUUUUUCUCGAUGCUCAAGGUCUUAAACUUCUCAUAUGCAUGUCCUUUUGAAUUGUCAUAUAACUGUUGUUUCGUAGAAACAAAUACAAUCCUUGAUUCGGUUUAAGAGCACUAUUAAAGUGUCAUUAUUAAGACAGAACAUGACCGCUAUUUUCAAAAUUUGGCACAAACAUGUGUACAUCGGAGAGUAUUUAUUGAUUUUGUGCAAAGUAAAUCCCUUCAUAUGCAUGUCAUUCCG